AUGAACACACUCCGUGCCUCCAGCGGGCUGCGCACGCUCACACGCCAUGCACCGGCACGCUCCUUCAGACACACUGCGAUCCGAACCCUGGCAUCCUCCACCGAAAGCCGCCAACAAGGCGCCGCAGCAGCGCAGGCUUUCGAAUCCUCACCGCCCAGCGAAUCCUUCUUCCCCGAUGAGCCCGUCGGUCCUCAAGUCGUCACGAAGAUCCCAGGGCCCAAGAGCCAAAAAGCCAUUGCCGAGCUCCACAAGGUCUUCGACACGCGCAGUCUGAACAUGAUGGCAAAUUACCAACAGAGCUACGGCAACUACAUAGCCGAUCUAGACGGCAACGUGCUGCUCGACGUCUACGCGCAAAUCGCCUCCAUCCCCGUGGGCUACAGCAACCCGGCGCUCGUCCUAGCCGCUACAUCUCCCGAGAUGGUGUCGGCGCUGAUCAACCGCCCCGCGCUAGGCAACUUCCCAUCGCACGACUGGGCGGCCAUCUUGGAGUCAGGUAUUCUGAGGGUAGCCCCCAAGGGCAUGAACCAGGUGUUCACAGGCAUGUCGGGCUCCGACGCCAACGAAACCGCAUACAAAGCCGCGUUCAUGUGGAAGCGCCAGCAAGAGCGUGGUGGACCGAACGUGGACUUCAGCGAGGAGGACAUUUCCAGCACCAUGAACAACCAGAAGCCCGGCUCGCCCGACAUGUCUAUCAUGUCAUUCCGCACCGGCUUCCACGGCCGUCUGUUCGGGUCGCUGUCCACCACCCGCAGCAAGCCCAUCCACAAGAUCGACAUUCCGGCAUUUGACUGGCCUCAAGCGCCUUUCCCAGCCCUCAAGUACCCACUUGAAGAACAUGUCAAGGAGAACGAGGCAGAGGAGAAGAGAUGUCUGGAGGAAGCAGAGAAUAUCAUUAAAAACUACCACAACCCCGUGGCAGCCGUUGUUAUUGAGCCUAUCCAAUCCGAGGGUGGUGACAACCAUGCCAGUCCAGCCUUUUUCCAGGGUCUGCGCGAGAUCACCCGUCGCAACAACGUCCUCUUGAUCGUUGAUGAGGUCCAAACUGGCGUCGGUGCAACCGGUAAAUUCUGGGCCCACGACCACUGGAACUUGCAGGAUCCUCCCGACAUGGUCACAUUCUCCAAGAAGGCACAAACAGCCGGUUACUACUUCGGCAACCCUGAGCUCCGGCCCAACAAGCCAUACCGCCAGUUCAACACAUGGAUGGGCGAUCCAGCUCGCGCCCUUCUCUUCCGUGCAAUCAUCAGCGAAAUUGAGAGAUUGAACUUGGUCGAAAACACAGCUGCUGUGGGUGACUAUCUCUUCCAGGGGAUUGAGAGCCUGUCCACGAAAUAUCCUGGACAAUUCCAGAACCUCCGAGGCAAAGGUCAAGGAACCUUCAUUGCCUUUGACAACCCCAAGCGCGAUGAGUUCUUGCUCAAGGCCAAGACUUUGGGAAUCAACAUUGGUGGCAGUGGUGCCUCUGCAGUCCGACUACGGCCCAUGCUGAUCUUCCAGAAACAUCAUGCUGAUAUCCUGCUCGAUGCGCUCGAGAAAUUGGCCAAGUCUUUGUAG